AUGGCUGAUCAUCUUACUAGACAACCGUUACGCACAAUAGUGGAUGAAAUUGUCAUCUUUGAGAGUCUGUUCCAUAGCACAGAAGAGAGGCCCAUUGCUUCACGGGCCAGUCCAGGCUCUUUUAGAAUAGAAUAUGAUACCUUUGGAGAACUGAAAGUUCCAAAUGACAAAUACUAUGGUGCCCAAACGGUGAGAUCCACAAUGAACUUUAAGAUUGGCGGUGCGACUGAACGGAUGCCGGUCCAAGUAAUAAGAGCGUUUGGCAUCCUAAAACGAGCAGCAGCCGAAGUAAAUCAGGAUUAUGGUCUUGAUCCAAAGAUUGCCAAUGCCAUUAUGAAGGCAGCAGAUGAGGUAUCGGAAGGUAAAUUAAAUGAUCAUUUUCCUUUGGUGGUGUGGCAGACCGGAUCUGGAACUCAGACCAACAUGAAUGUCAAUGAAGUCAUCAGCAACAGAGCCAUUGAGAUGCUGGGAGGCAAACUGGGAAGCAAGGAUCCGGUGCAUCCAAACGAUCAUGUUAAUAAAAGCCAGAGCUCAAAUGACACGUUUCCAACGGCCAUGCAUAUUGCUGCUGCCCAGGAAGUCCAUGAAGUGUUGUUACCAGGGCUGCAGAAGCUUCAUGAUGCCCUUGAUGCCAAGGCCAAAGAAUUUUCCAAAAUUAUUAAAAUUGGACGUACUCAUACUCAAGAUGCUGUUCCUCUGACCCUUGGGCAGUCCUUUGGUUUAAUGAAGUGUGCCUGUGUUCUUCCAUCAGAGAUGUUGCAGGGCAUAAGGGGUAUGGGUCCAAGUGAGACGGGGCUGCCUUUUGUUUCUGCUCCAAACAAAUUUGAAGCGCUUGCUGCUCACGAUGCUUUAGUCGAGCUGAGUGGGGCAAUGAACACCGUGGCUUGCAGCCUGAUGAAGAUAGCCAACGACAUCCGUUUCCUGGGUUCUGGACCACGCUGUGGUCUAGGGGAGCUAAUCUUGCCUGAAAAUGAACCUGGAAGCAGUAUUAUGCCAGUCGUCAUAUUUUUGUUUCUCUUAGGGCUGCCUUUUGUUUCUGCUCCAAACAAAUUUGAAGCGCUUGCUGCUCACGAUGCUUUAGUCGAGCUGAGUGGGGCAAUGAACACCGUGGCUUGCAGCCUGAUGAAGAUAGCCAACGACAUCCGUUUCCUGGGUUCUGGACCACGCUGUGGUCUAGGGGAGCUAAUCUUGCCUGAAAAUGAACCUGGAAGCAGUAUUAUGCCAGGAAAAGUGAAUCCUACUCAGUGUGAGGCCAUAACCAUGGUGGCAGCUCAGGUGAUGGGAAACAAUGUCGCUGUUACAGUUGGAGGCAGCAAUGGCCACUUUGAGCUGAACGUCUUCAAGCCCUUGAUUAUUAAGAACGUGCUGCAUUCUGCUAAGCUCCUCGGAGACGCUUGCGUUUCUUUUACUGACAACUGUGUGGUAGGAAUCCAAGCCAACAGAGAGUGUAUCAACAAGCUACUGAGUGAUUCACUGAUGUUGGUGACGGCCCUGAAUCCCCACAUAGGUUAUGACAAGGCAGCCAAGAUUGCCAAAACAGCACAUAAAGAAGGGACAACGUUAAAAGAAGCAGCUGUCAAGCUUGGAUUUCUUACAGCAGAACAAUUUGAUCAGUGGGUAAAGCCAGAAGACAUGUUAGGACCUAAGUAAUUUUAACAGAUCUCACACAAAUUAAGGAAAAAUAAUUUAAAAAUACAUAAACAAAAAUGUGUUGCAUGUGUCUGUUACAAAACUAGUGAUUGCAUUCUUCAGCUAUCAUGGUGGGUGUUGCAACAUAAACCCUGCGGACAUGCUAGAAACAUAAUAAAGAACAAUAUUUCAUUUUGCUUAUAGUUUUAGUAAACUGUCCAAAUUAUUAUGAAUUUUGAAAAUGUAUUUAAGAACAUCAGAAGAGCCCUGCUGGAUCAGACUAGUGGGCCAUCUACUCCA